UUUUAUUUUUCUUCUUAUCCACUUAGGGAUAAAAGAUUGUCAAACUAAGAUCGUAAUAGCUGGAUUUAUUUUUAUUCCGUACAAUAAUUUUACACCCAUGGCAGUAGAGAUUAGUACAAUUUUCGUCUUCACCGCAUUUGUUGGUUCAGUUUUUGUUCUUCUAUAUCAUAAAUUAACCCGAAGGAAACCGGUUUUCCAUUCUAAACCAGAUAAAGUAAUUGUUCACUUUAAAAGUCUUGGCUCACCAGAGUUGUCACCAUUCCGAUUGAAGCUGGAGACCUACCUAAAACUGUGUCAGAUUCCUUAUGAGUUAUCGCACAUUCGCCAACUGUCUUCUAAAGGCAAACUACCUUGGAUUGAACAUAAUGGAGUGGUGAUUGAAGAUACGCAGUUUUGUAUCGAUUAUUUAAAUAACAACUUUAAUGUGGAUCUGAACGCAAAAUUGUCCCCCUAUGAACGUUCUUUAUCUCGAGCAUUCCAAGUAAUGAUAGAAGAAAAUACAGUCUGGUGCCUACUUUUGUCUCGUUGGAAACACGAACGAAAACCAAAAUUUUUCCAAGCUUUAAAAGUGAAUGUUGUAUUUAAUUAUUUGAUCACAAAGUCUCUUAUGCGAAAAUCAUUUGGACACGGAAUAGGUCUCCACACAUGGGAAGAAAUAAAAAUCAUUGCAAAGAAAGACUUAGCUGCUUUAUCUGACUUUUUAGGUGAGAAAAAUUACCUAUUCGGAAACUUCAUGACUUUGGCUGACUGCAGUGCAUUUGGUUUGCUGGUUCAGAUUUGUUAUAAUCACACCGAUAGUUACUUACAUCAGUUAGUAACUGAUUCCUUUCCAAACCUCAAAAAUUACUGUGAUAGGAUAAGAGAUGAAUACUAUCCUGAUAUGGUCCUGCUAUCCUGAUGAAUUAAGUUAACUGAAUUCAACGAUCUGGAAUAUUCUUUUCCAUAUAUACAUAAGAAAGUAGUUAUGUAGAUGUCUGGACAACAACUGCCAGUCAAUUUGCAUAUAUCUUAUGCUUGUUACAUGUAGAAUAGUCAAAAAGGUUAUCGGAGGCUCAUUGAUAACUGAUGAUUAUUGAAAACUAUACAACUGACUGGAAACAAAAUAUCAUGCCACCUGCACCCAACACACACACACACACAUAUAUAUAUCACCCUUCAUGCCACUCAUAUAUCAUGCUAGCGAGGAGACGUCAACUAAAACAUUUUUCACUUGUAUAUUCUGACAUCAAAACAAAAGUUUGGAUACAUCACAACACACUGAAUAAAUGUACUAUCGCAAUGGGAUUAUAGAUUUAUUUUUAAACGAGUUUAGGUCGUAACGGAUAGAAAGAAGAAGGAAUGUUUUCAUUUUGUUCUCAAGUUAUUAACUGAAGCAGGAAACACUAUAUCUCAAAUACUGCUGCGCUCGGCAUAAGAUGGAUGAAUUAACCUUAUUUUAAGAAUAAAGGAAAUUCGGCAAAACAGCCAAUUACAAUACAACAACUAUAUUACAUUAUUUAUGACAAAUACAAUACACAGAUGGUAGAUGAUAGUAGAGAGAAGGACACGAAAACAACGUAUCACCCUGCUUGUCCUUUUCACACACACACACACACACACACACACACACACACACACACACAUUCACACAGAAAAUAGCUAAAAUAGCUGAAACCAAGGGAAAAUGUUUGAAACGGAAUUUUCUGCCAUAUUUGAAGCUUAAGUAUUUAUCUUUCCAAGCAAAUCCAUUCCAUAAAUGAAAUGGAUUUGAUGGCGAGUUUAUUUGCCUCUAAUUAUUUUUAACGAAAAAAGAAAAAAAAUUGACGCAACAAACGAAAUUCUGGUUCGUUCUCCUGAGUAAAGACCAUUGUAAAGAAGUCUGUGAUUCCGUAAUCAAUAAGUUACUGAACGUCUGAAGAAAGGCGCAACCUCGAAUUUGACUCAUAUUCUAUUUUUUAAAUUUAAAUAAAUGCUUUUUUAAAUAUG